CAGAGUAAAAAUGAUCAGCUGUAUUCGCGGUUCUAGCAUUCGCGGUUGUUGGCCCAGUGUUAUCAGUUGUUCACAGUCAUUGUCAAUCAUAACAAUACUAUUAACAAAAAACGUAUCAAGCGCCAUUUGACUUGUGUUAUAUUAUCUCCCUUUAAAAUACAGUUAUAUAUAUAAAUACAUUAUAAUAUUAAUUUAAAGUUCAGUGAAAAGUAUCAUCAAGGGAGACAUGGAAGCUGAAGAAAUACGUUUAACUAAAAACAUUUUUAUUAUCACGUUGGACCACCACGUAGCAACUAACAACAAAAAAUACAAGUUUAUAUUGACACUUAAUUUACUCCAAAAAAAUUGAUUUAUAAUUUAAACAAUAAUUCAUAAAUGAAAUUAAUUUAAAAUUCAAAAUUAAAAAAUUAUCAAUUGAUUUUUAAUAAACACAAAAACAUCCGGGUGUGUCGUAUUUUUUGAUUCUAUUAUUUUUUAACUGAAAAAAAACAUAUUUUUUUUUAUCAACAUUAUUUCAUUUAUUAAUAAAUACGAGAAAAAAAAAAACAGAGGUUUUUUUUCAGUGUACAAAAGAAUUUAUUAAAAUCAUAGAAAUUUUUAUUUCGACAUCGAAACAUUAUCAAAUAUUUCGUUUGUUGUUUUUUUUCGUUUUUUUAUAUGCAAAAAUGUGGUGUCUUGUCAGUCAAGCAAACUCGGUGAUUCUCGAGGUACAGGUGGAUCCCAGAGCCAUCGGACGGGAAUGUCUAGAAAAGGCAUGCAACUGUUUGGGAAUAAGCAAGGAGUGUGAUUAUUUUGGUCUUAAAUAUCAAAAUGCCAAAGGUGAAGAAUUAUGGUUAAAUUUAAGAAAUCCAAUUGACAGACAAACUGGUGGUAGUGGAGGUGUUGUACCACUUAGAUUUGCAUUGAGAGUUAAAUUUUGGGUACCACCACAUUUACUACUUCAAGAAGCAACAAGACAUCAAUUUUAUUUACACUUACGUUUGGAACUUCUUGAGGGUCGAUUGAAAGUCAACGAUUGGACAGCUGUAUCACGUAUUGUUGCAUUAAUAUCACAAGCUGAAGUUGGUGACUAUGAUCAUUUAUCACCACCACAUGGAUUGUAUUCACAAUUUUGUCAUAUACAACCAUCUGAAUCAUGUGAUUCAAAACCAAAUGAUUUUCUUCAUCGUAUUAUUCAACAACACAAAGAAAUUAAAGGUAUGAAAUCAUCAACUGCUGAAUAUUGGUUAUUAAAAGAAGUAUCAAAUCUUGAUGCAUUUGGACAAGAAAUGUUUCACAGUAAAUUUGGAUCAAAUACUGUUUUUAUGAUUGGCGUUGGACCACAUGGAAUUACUGUAUAUCGUGGUGAAAAUGAGGAAAAACAAAAUAUACCAUAUACUGCAAUACAAAGUGCCACAUCACAAAGACGAAUGUUUCAUUUAAUUUACUUGUCACUUGAUGGUGAAGAAGCAUCAUUGGAUUUUAAAUUGGACUCUAGUCAAUCAGCCAGUGGAUUGUAUCGUGCAAUUACAGAAAAACAUGCUUUUUAUAGCUGUGAAACUGUGAGAAGUGCAGUUACAACACAAUUCAUACGUGAUCUUAAGGGUACAAUAAUAUCAAUAUUUAAUGAAGAUUCAACAUUAGGAAAAAAAUAUGUAUUUGAUAUUCGUCGUACUUGUCGUGAAGUUUAUGAUAAUGCUAGAAGAGCACUUUAUUGUGAAGCUGUUAAUAUUGGUAUGCCAAAUAAUGGCAGCCAAAUUCAAGAUGAUCACAAUUGUGGUGAUUGUCAAAAUUCAAAGUGCAAGGAAUCACGUGAAUGUUUGACAAAACUUUUAGAUGCAAUGCUUUGUCGAAUAUGUAUGGAUCGAAGUUUAGAUACAGCACUAUUUCCUUGUGGACAUGCAGUUGCAUGUCUUGAAUGUGCACGUCGUUGUUCAAGAUGUCCAUUAUGUCGUGCUGAUAUUGAUCAUUGUAGAACAAUUUAUUUACCAAUUGAAUUUACAAAUGCUGAUAAAAAUAAUCAAAAAUUAUCAAGUGAUAUAUGUGAUAGUACAUUGACUGUCAGACAAUCUAGUAAUGUCAUUGAUGAUGAUAAUAAUAUGACAAUUGACAUACCAAUUGUUAAUAAUCAAACAAUUUGAAAAAAAUUUAUCAAGCGAAAAUUCAUAACAUUUAAUAAUAUAUUUAGAAUAUUCGCUUGGAAAAUUAAAAAUUUUUAUUAAUAUAUUUGAGUUUAACUAGAUUCGAUGAAUGUGAUUGAAUUAAUUUUAUUAUUAUCAUUUAAUAAUAAUUAAAAUAUAUUUUAUAUUUCAUAAAUCUCCAUUGUAAUAUAUCAUUUAACUUUUUUUUUUUUUUUUCAAUAUUUUAAUGCUAUCUUUAAACUAUUGCCUUUUUUAAAUGUUAUUUCUUUGUUUUCAUAAAUUAAUUAUUAUUGUCGAAAUCUUUUAAAUACUGUGAUUAUAAAUUUGUUUAUUAAUUAGAUAUUAAUUAAAAUGGUUUGAGACCAUAUUUAAAAAGUGCUAUUAGCAAUUAACAGCAUUCAAAAAAAAAACAAUGCUGCCAUUUUAAUUAUUAACUCAAUACAAUUGUUAUUAUUUUUUUAUUAAAAACUAUUAUUAUUUUUGUUCAACUACAGCAUAAUUAUUAUCUUUCAUUCGAAAAAAAAAAAUGCUAUUUACUUUUCUUUUUGUAAUAUUUAUUAGACUGAGAUUUUUUUUAAUUAAAAAAAAUAUAAUUUUUUUUUUGUUUGUGUUUUACAUUAAUUAAUUAAGAGUAUAUUUUGUAAAAAUAAUAGUUAUACCUGAAUGAAUGUAAAAGCGGCUGUGUAGAUCGGCCCCAAAGAAGAAAAAAAAUUACGAAAAAUAACAACAAAAAAUUAUUGAUAAUUGUGUUAAAUAAUUUGUUUUAAAAAAAAUUAUAAUAAUACAAGCAUAAUACAUUUUUUUAUUUGUUAAUAAUAGAAUAUGCCUGGCAAUCGUAGUCAUUUAUCAAUGCAAUGUUAAAAUAAUGUCUAAUUAUAAGUUUAAAAAAAAAAAAAACAAUUAAUCA